GACUUCUGGUAACGUACCCACCCCCAAACAAACAGUUCAAUAGUGGAGUGCACAAGGAGAUCUGAGGAGCCCGGAGCUGGAACUGGUGUAGUUGGUAUCUGUGUUGAGCACCAUGGAUAGAGCAGUUGCUGUUCUGUUCAUUUUUGUCAGUUUUUUGCAUACCACAGCAGGUCAAAGUCAAACGAAGAGCAACUGGGAUAUCUACAGCUUUCACAUCAAUUCCACUGUGACGAGUCGUUAUGCCAUCACCGUCAUCACCAGCCGGGUGGCCAAUCGCCAUGACAAUUCCACUGAGAUCGACUUCCAUGUGAAAAUCCCUAAAACUGCUUUCAUCAGCAAAUUCAGAAUGACAAUUGAUGGGCAGAUUUACGACGGGGUGGUUAAGCAAAAAGAGGAGGCCAAGCGGCAGUACAGUGCGGCUGUGUCACGAGGUCAAAGUGCUGGGCUGGUCAGUGCUGUAGGCAGAACUUUAGAGGACUUCAAAACAUCAGUGACUGUUGCUGCUCAUAAGAAGGUGACCUUUGAACUCACUUAUGAAGAACUGCUGCAGCGUCGUCUUGGCAAAUAUGAGCUUCUGAUCAAUGCCCAACCUGGCCAACCCGUUAAGGACUUGAAGAUUGAAGUUAGUGUGUAUGAAAAACCUGGAAUAAACUACCUAAAAGUGGAAGGUUCUUUGGCUUCGAAAGACCUGGCUAAUGCCAUUACGAAAACACAUUCAGAUAAAGAGGCAUGGGUAAAUUUCUACCCUACACAGCAACAGCAGAUGACAUGUGAGGGCUGUGGAGAGAAUGGAUUCAGCGGUGACCUCAAAAUUAUCUAUGAUGUUGAGAGGCCACAAUCUCAGGGAGAGAUAUUGGAGUACGGUGGGUUUUUCGUCCAUUACUUUGCCCCCUCUGGUCUUCCUCGCAUUCCAAAAAAUGUGGUCUUCAUUAUUGAUCAAAGUGGCUCCAUGCACGGCAAGAAGAUCCGGCAGACUCGAUCAGCUUUACUGAAGAUUUUGGAGGAUCUUGGAGAGAAUGAUCAUUUUGGCCUGAUCCUUUUUGAUGAUAGGAUAUCACCAUGGAAACGUGAACUCCUCAGAGCAACCCAACAGAACCUGGACAACGCAAAAGAAUUUGUUAGAUCAAUAAGAGAUAGAGGAAGUACAGACAUAAAUGCUGCUGUAUUGGAAGGUGUGGAGAUGAUCAAAAGAUAUCACAAAGAAGGCUCAGCUUCUGUCCUUAUACUGCUGACUGAUGGAGAUCCCACUUCAGGUGUGACUCAGCUGAGUAGAAUCCAAUCGAAUGUUAGAGAAGCCAUUGGGAAGAACUUUCCUCUGUAUUGCCUUGGAUUUGGGUUUGAUGUGAACUUUGAGUUCCUGCAGAAGAUGGCCCAGGAGAACAGUGGUGUGGCACGCAGGAUCUACGAGGACUCAGAUGCAGCUCUGCAGCUCAAGGGUUUCUAUGAAGAAGUUGCCAUUCCUCUCUUAACCAGUGUAGAGAUGAACUACACGGGUGCUACAAACCUGACCCAAACCACCUUCAAUCUUUACUACAAUGGCUCUGAGAUUGUAGUUGCUGGAAAAAUCCUUAACAAUAACAUAGAUGACUUCAGUACAGAAGAAAUCAUCUGUGAAAUCAUAGCAACAUCGAGAGACAGCAAGGUGAAGUACAGUGAUAUCAAGGCCACUAAAGAUGACAAACUACCUGCAGUGAUGAGUGGCUAUGAGAACUUCCUCCAGAGACUAUGGGCCUGCCUCACUGUGAAACAGCUUCUGGAGAAGGAGUUGACGCUGACCGGCGAGGAGAAGGAGGCAGUGAAGAAGGAGGCCCUUGAUCUCUCUCUCAAGUACAGUUUUGUGACCCCACUCACCUCUAUGGUGGUCACCAAACCUGAGGGUGAGGAUUCUCAGGUGGCCAACAAACCCAAAGAGGGAGAGAAGCCUCCUCAAAUUCCAGUCAGAAUGGGUAUACCUGGACAACCUGGACCACCUGGACCACCUUUAUCUGCUGGACACCCUGGAUUGGGGGGGCAUUUCAGGACACAUAUGGUCAGCGGGCCAGUGGGUUCUUCUUUACAGAUGUCCGGUGACUAUGACUUUGCCCUUCCUGCUGCUGCUGCAGACUAUGAAGAUGAGGAUGAAGAUGUGGGAUAUGCUAUGCUUUCACCAAGUGGACCUCGUGGUGACUUUGGAAUGGCAGGCCCAGGUAGGCAUCCUGUUAUCCAUGCUACUCAUUCAUCAACAUUAGAAUCAACAGAAACACCAACUACAAGACCAGCACGGACGCCUGUGAGGUUCUUGAUGGCUGCCGAGGGCCAGUCUCUGCCACUCUGCUUCGACAUCCCAGCAGGCCAUUUAGUCAAACUGCUGCAGGACCCUGCAUCUGGGCUGUCUAUGAAUGGUGAGGUGGCAUCUGAUGAAGGUCAGGGCUUCAAGAAGGUCAUCAUUCAUGUAAACGCCGACGUGCACAUUGAGUGUGAACCUUAUGAAAUCACUCUGAAGAUGAAAGGACUGGACAUUGUCCAUUUUCUCUGGAGACAGCACACGCAAAAGACAAGCAGCAUGAUUUUGAGUAUCAGGGACGAUGAGGUGGAGGUCUCCUCUGGAUCUCUACAUAUCGUCGUCUUUCGUCACCAAAAGGACGGGGAUAGACUCCUGUGGCCUACUGUUAGACAACGACCAUCAAAUACUGUCUUUGAGGGAAUUAUGGGGAAACAAUUGGUCACAUAUGAAGAACACCAGUCUACAUCAAAACUGCGGAUUAAAGAUGAGGAAGUCUCUGCAUCAAAGGUUUCCACCCAGGACUUCAGUGUCAAGACUGCGCCCAUAGUGUCCUGCUGGCUUGUAGAGGUGAAGUUUGCCCUGCAGGGGGAGCUGGCGGACCACACAGUCUCCAAGCUGUAAAUUCUAACGUGUAUUGGAAUUGGUCAUCAUUGAUUUCCAGUGGGUCAUUGAUGAAUCGUAACAGAAAAUACCAGUCAACUUCUAGAGAAUGUUAUGUUGUAUUUCUUAAUCAUCUUUGCCAUUUAAAAUUUUGCCAUUAGGAAUGAGUUUGAAAUAAUUUAGGAAACUGCAGGCAGAGUCUAUGUAAGGGAUAAUCAACGGCGCGCCGUGCGUUUAUAGGAAAAUAAUGCGGGUUGAUUAUCCUGCUUAUACCACUGCUUCUAUCAUUUUCGUUUAUAUUGCCGCUGUCUGAGAUACAACGUUGCUAUUUUUACCAUUACAUUCAGAAUGGCGAAUUAAUAUUCAAGUGUGAUAAGCCCCAAAAAAAGGAACUACUUCAUAGUCGUGCGUAUAUCGAAAAAAUAAUGCACGUUCCAAAUAGCGCAUCACAAUAGGAAAUUUGACCAACCAGUGGUUUAUAAGCGGGAUAAUCAACGACGCGCCGUGCGUUUCUAGGAAAAUAAUGCACGUUCAAAGUGGUAAUAAGGUCCCGAUGCCGCAUGCGGAGGGGACUUUACACUUCGAUAAGUGCAUUAUUUUCCUAAAAACGCACAGCGCGGAGUUGAUUAUCCCGCUUAUACCACUGCUAUCAUCAUUUUCGUUUAUAUUGCCGCUGUCUUAGAUACUACGUUGCUGUUUUUACCGUUACAUUCACAUUGGCGAAUUAAUAUGCAAGUGUAAUAGGCCCAAAAGAAGGGAACUACUUCAUAGCCGUGCGGUAUAUCGAAAAAUAAUGCACGUUCCAAAUAGCGCAUCACAUUUCGGAAAUUUGACCAAGCAGUGGUAUAAAGAAUAUUAAUCAGGGAAGAGAAUAUUCAUCAGGGACUGGGACUACAGUAAAAGGCUCUACCAAAAUUAAACAUAUACUGUAUCAUCUCCUGUAAAAUCAUCGUUAUAGGUGAGUAAACAGUUUCUUUUGUUUUGUCUGUUUUGUAAAGACUUCAUUCUUUGUUAAUCCUUAAUCAAAAGGAGUCAUUGUAAUUGUUUGAGAUUCAAUAAACAAACAUCAGCACAGGUUUCUAUUGCA